GCCCAGGGAGAUCGCCCCCCGCCCCCGCGGCAUCCGCUGAUCGCGGCGCUUCCCCCGCUUUGGCCCCAAAGCGGCGCCUUUAAGGCCGAGUUUAAGCGCAGGGCCCGCGAGUUCAGCUCGGCCCGGCCCGGGGGUCCCGCCGCUCGGGCCCGUCCAGGGGGCCCGGGGGUGGCGGGGGGACCCGGGGCGGUGCCGGGAGGGGUCCCGAAGGGGAUCCCGGGGCAUUCCCGGCAAUUCCCCCGGGCCCGCCCCCCGCGCUCCCUCGGCCACUUUCGCUUUCGCGUCUCCCGAACUGCGCCCAGCGGGGCCAGCGGAGCAGCGCGAUGGCUCCAGCGCUGGGGCUGGGGGCGCUCCUGGCGCUCCUGGCGGUCUCGGGGGGGCAGCCGAAGGUUCUCCACUCCCUGCGUUACCUGGAUGUGGCGGUGACGGAGCCCAGCCCAAGGAUCCCUCAAUUCCUGUCCAUGGGAUAUGUUGAUGGGAUCCCCUUCAUGCGCUAUGACAGCGAGUGGGACCGGCUGGAGCCGCUGACGCCGUGGAUGGCGGCCGGAGCCGAGCCGGGAUAUUGGGAUAGAGGGACCCAGAUCAAUGAGAGGAACCGGUUCAUUGAUGCCGACAACCUGGAGAUAGCACGGGGCUGGUACAACUGGAGUGGGGGUCUCCACACAGUGCAGCAGCUUUCUGGCUGUGACCUCCUGUCCGACGGUAGUGUCCGCAGAACCCUUCGGUACGGCAUUGAUGGGCAGGAUUUCAUCUCCUUCUCCCCGGAGACCGGGACCUUCGUGGCGGCUGAUGGAGCUGCCCAGAUCAUCCAGAGGAAAUGGAAAUCUGAAGGGUAUGAGGCUCUUCAGCACAAGCUGGCACAGAGCUGUGUGGAAUGGCUCCAGAAAUACAUCGGAUACGGGCGGGAGGCACUGGAGCGCAAAGAUCCCCCCGAUGUCCAUGUGUCCGGGAAAGAGGAACACGGGAUCCUGACGUUGUCCUGCCACGCGUACGGAUUCUACCCCGGGAUGAUCGGGAUCAACUGGCUGAAGGGGGAUGAAGUGCGGGAUCAGGAGACGGAGUGGGGCGGGAUCGUUCCCAACAGCGACGGCACCUUCCACAGCUGGACCAGGAUCGAGGCGCUGCCGGGGGAGUGGGAGCAGUACCGGUGCCGGGUGUAGCACGCCGGAAUGCCGGAGCCUGGGAUCUUCGCCUGGGAGCCGGAAUCCGUCUGGAAUUCCAGCCCAGUGUUGGUGGCUGUGUCCGUCAUCGCUGCCAUCAUCAUCAUUGGCCUUGUGGCAGUCGGUGUCUGGAAGCUCUGAUCCGGGAAGAGGGAGGGGAAUGGAUAUGACCCCGCGCCCACCAGAAUCACAGCCUGAGCGAUCCCGGAGCUGGAUCCGCCCCUUCCCUCUCCCUGUGGAAAGGCAGGAGCUGCUGGUAGAGCUCAUCCCGCUUCUCCCACCCACCCCGUCCCCCCUGCGGCUCUUCCCGAUGGAUCAACUUCCUGCUUUUUCCUGUGUGAAACCCAGGACCACAAUUAUUCCGGAGGCUUUAAUUUGGGUGUGAAAAUCUUGGCUCCCUCCUCCAGCAUCCGGCAGUUUCUCUCUGGGAACCAGGAAUGGGAAUGGGAACAGGGGGGACUGGGAUGGGGACACUGGGAGGAGGUUGGAGUCACCAGGGACUGGGAAUGGGGACAUAAGGAAUGGGAA